AUUCGACCUCGACGACUGAGAUUAUAUCUGAUCUGUCACUCAGCCUCUCAUCUCUCUCUCUCUCCCUCUCCUAUCUCUUCGCUCUUUCUGGCCUCUGCAGCUCGUCUCAAGUCUCAUUCGUCUCUCUUUCUCUGCGGCUAUUCGAUUUCGACAGUCUUCAACUGAACUUUCGUUCGUCCCUUGCUCCAAGCAAGCAUCUCGAUCAUCUCUGUCUCUGAUUGCUGGCUUGAAUCGAAGUAGGGGUGAGGGAUUCGCCUCCGUUCACUUGAUACUUUUGAUAGAGUUAGCAAAGAAGUCUUAGUAGAGUGAGAGAGAUGGCAAUAGAGGACUCAUGGAAGAAGCUGAAGAGAGCAACUGUUGAUAGAUUAUCGAAACCACUUGGAUUGAAGAGAGAGAAGGACAAGAACAAGGAGGAAAAAAAUAAGAUGAGAAAUUCAAAUCUUGUUGGAAGCGGUAUCGUUUCUUCAAUGCCCUUUUCUCUUUAACCCUUUCUUAUUCUUCGAGUUGUCUUUUGUGGGUUUGAUCAUGAAUUUGUGAUCUCUUACUUCUCAAUCAAACCUCUCUUCAAAUGUUUGGUAUAUAAAAGAUACAAGUGAGUGGGGGCAAGGGUUUGUGGUAGAAUUCUAGGGUUUUGGAUGAACAGUUCUGGCCAUAUCCAUGUCCCUAUUUAUGAUGUUUUGCAACUGUGAAGAUGGAUUUUAUGUUGUAUAAUGUAUACAUGGAUAAUAGAUAGAUUUAUACGCUACAAAAAUUCUGAGUUGGGAGCAUUCAUUUUAUCUUGUCUUACACAAUUUAGCAAACUUUACCUAUUGUUUUUUUUUUUCAUUUGUUAUUGUUAUUUAAAUUGUGUAGUGUUUUGAAUGCAUUAAAAGGGUCCUAGAACUAGGGAUCCUUUUAUAGCUACUCCAAUCCAAUAAUAUUGGGUGGUAUUGAUGUAGUUUAUUUACAAACAAUGUUCUCUUAAACAUUGUAAAAAACCAUCAGAGUCAAAGUAGCUGGAUUCAGCCAUGGGUAAUGGUGGUAUCAGACUGAAUAUUAUUGUCAUUCCUUAUUAAUCAAAACUACAUGACCUCCAUCAUUCUUUUUAAGCAUACUCAUUUCCAGUUGUCCAGGAAUUUAUUAACAAGGACUGCUAAUACUUACCCUUUGUUGUUUAAAGAGGAAAGUUUGAAUAGUUUUAAGGAAAGAAAGAAAAAAAACAAAUCUUCACGGCAGAAAAGAAGCAGGAAUGAAGGUGACAAAGUUGAUAGUGAAGAAGUUCACCACUUCCAUAUGAAAGAUGAAUCAGAUGAAGUUGACAGAGGAAAGAGAAAGAGCAAAGUGUUGGGGAAUAAGAAAAGGAAAAAUGAGAUCAUUAAGGAAACAAUGCCUGUAGAAGUUGAUAAACUCCAUAAUGAAUGGGAAAGUGGCUUUGAUGAACACAAUGUUGCUAAUGAAGUGGAAGAAAAGAAAAGGAGCAUAUCAAGGAAAAAGAAAAGAAAACAUCAGAAAUUAGAGAAAGCUGAGGUUGACAAAGUGGAUGAGCUUUGUAAUGAUGUUAAAGACAUCGCCAACUCAAAAAAUGGUAAGUCAAAAAAAGCUCAUAAAAUGAAAAAGAAGGAUCAGUUAUCAUCAAGGAAAGAUGUCAAGUUACUGGAAAGAAGAGGAGACGCUGAAGAAGAUGAGGUCUAUCAAAUAUUUGCCGGGGAUGACGACUGCUCUAAAGGAAUGAAAAAAUGGAUUACGGAAUACCAUCAGAGUAGACCAGGGUUGAAGAUAUUGCAACAACGGAUUGACGACUUUAUAACUACUCAUGAGGCACAAGAGGAGGAGGCAAGAAAAGAAAGAGAAGCCCAAGCUGCAGAAGGUGGAUGGACUGUUGUUGUACAUCAUAAAGGCAGGAAAAAAACAACAGAUUCAGAAAGUGGAAUUGCUGUUGGUUCUGUUGCCCAAGCGGCUGUUAUGGAUAAAAUGGCCAAAAAGAAAAGCAAAGAAGUGGGGCUAGAUUUCUACCGCUUUCAGAAAAGGGAGGCCCAGAGGAACGAGAUUAUGAUGCUGCAAAGCAAAUUCGAGCAAGAUAAAAAGCGGAUACAGCAGUUAAGAGCGGCAAGGAAGUUUCGACCUUACUGAAUGCUGCCAAGUGACAACGAUCCCAAAUAUAAGGAAAAGAAGUAAUGUUGGCGAACGACUUACGAACAAAGCUCUAUUGCUAGGUGGUAUCAUACAAUUGUUGCAAGUUGAGGAAUUAAUCUUGUUGACAUAAGAAUUGCCGAUCUCAGUUUUGUUUUGUUUCAUUUUUUCCAUCUUCCCCGCGCUUUUUCCAGUUGUUGAGAAGAUUAAACAAGUGACCUACUGUAUAAUUUAUUGUCGUGUAAGUACCAUAUUCAGGUGAAGCACAAGUCUUGUUAAUGUCCUGCUGGGGGGUCGCUUGCAUUGUAGCAAUUGUAAUUGUCCAUGUGGGAAUGGUUAUCGUACAUAUCACUCAACUACUUAGUUUCGGGUUC